AUGGAUAGUUGUUAUAUUCCGAAUAACCUUUCCAGUCAAUAUGGGUUGGAUUUCCAAGAUCCCGUGGUGGGAACUGCGCCUGUUACACCGACAUCUGGGUCUUCCACGCAACCACAAUUUUCACAGUGCGUUUGGAACUUUAGCCCCGAAGAAAUGGGCUCUUUUUCCAUAUCUCCGCUGGAUUUACAAGAUCCGGUGUCGUCGAAUUUUUUUUCAUUUAGUCCGUGUUCUUCCACAACGCCAAAUAGUAAUUCUACGUAUUCUUGCAAAAACGAUUUGGGCUGUCUGUUAUCAAAACAAAGCUCAUCUAACGAGAUUAAGCAGCCGCACGACAUGGCAGACGUUCUGUUAUCUUUAAAGCACGCCAUUGUACAUCCCGGACAACUAUCGCCGGCUUGUUCACCCUCUAAUUGUUAUCAAUCUCCGUCGCAAUGCUCAUUCGGUACUGUUCCUUCGGCUUCGAUUCCUUGCAGCGUUUACCCACAUCAGCUUCCAUCACUACCACCGGAAGUAGAUCCUUGCGAGAAUAUAAAUAAUCAGCAAUAUUCGCAGUAUAUGAGCGCAUUUCCCGAACAAGGCUUAUCGUCGCCGGGAUGUGGGAAUAAUACGCUAACGUGGACCACUAGUCAAUCUUUUUUUCCAGCUAUGAGUGUAAAUGUUAGCAUGAAUAUGACUAUGCACGGAUAUCCUCCGCCAUCGGUGACUCCAAUAGUUGAAAAUAUACAGCCACAGUUACCUUGUCAUCAGCUUCAGUGGACCUCGCUGACUCCAAACUCGUCACCAGCUUACCAAACGAACGGUUUACUAAGUCCAAAUACACACAAUAACUGCGACGUCAUGGGUCCGACCUGUUCGUUUACAGCUGAUAUAAAAGCUCACCAGAUACCCGAACCAUUUAUCUGCGCUUCUUCGCCAUCUCCGUUUAAAAUGUACAACAAACCGUGUAAUUACCCAUCGCCAUCUUCGUCGCCCUGUAUGAUGAAAAUGAACAACAAACGAUCUAGUAAAUCGAUAACGCCGACGAUGGAUUACGAUAAAGGAAAACCCAACCUAUGCAGAAUCUGCGGUAAAACGUACGCACGCCCUAGCACGCUGAAAACACACCUUCGAACACAUUCCGGCGAAAAACCCUACCGAUGCGAAGACUGCAACAAGUCUUUCAGCCAAGCAGCCAAUUUAACCGCUCACGUGCGAACACAUUCGGGAGAAAAACCAUUCAGAUGUCCGAUCUGCGGCCGCAGGUUUUCGCAAUCUUCGUCUGUUACAACGCACAUGAGAACUCAUUCCGGAGAACGACCGUACCGGUGUCGUUUGUGUAAAAAAGCCUUCUCAGAUUCCUCAACGUUGACCAAGCAUUUACGAAUACACUCCGGCGAGAAACCGUAUCAAUGCAAAUUAUGCCAGUUGCGAUUUUCCCAAUCCGGUAAUCUGAAUCGGCACAUGAGAGUUCAUAGUACUCUAGGCGCCAAUAUUUUGUUUCCUUGAAUAGGUACCAACGAUGCAUCCUUCACCUUCUAUUCGCUGCAGGGUAAAGAUAAGGUGUUGCUUUCUGUUUCCUCGCUCGAUAAGUUUGAUUGUUCGAUUUUUUAUGGAACUAUAAUGAUGAACAUAUUGCAGAUGUUUUGCUCAAAUUACUAGUACUUACCUUCAUCUUAAAUGUUUUCUCCUGCUGCCGUCGUUGAUGUAUGCAUUCGUGAAUUUGAUGUUUGUUUAAAAGACUAUCAUCGGAGUUGUUUCCUAUAAUAACAAAAAACAGUAUAAUACCUUAUGCUUAUAGUUACUGUCUACAAUUAAAACUACCUACUUAAAGGUUCUUAAACAUUACCAAUAAUCGUGGAGUUGACGUUUCUCAUAAUACUGAAGAGAAUUUCAGGGAACCGUGGGAUCUUCUGCGAACUCCAAAACGAUCUAAUAGAAAAGCAUUCCAAAGAUUAAAAUUUAGAAAAUAUUAAAAGUUUAUUUGUUGAGUAGGUGAUAUUCUUCCAAUCAAUCAAUUCAGUUAGGUAAUGAUGAGAGGAGUCACAAGAGUUAGAUUAUAAGAGCAAAACAGUCUGACUCAUGACUCGUAAAACUAAGGUAAAACUACAUAAAUAUAUAGGUAUAUUACCUCAACUCUGCUGAUAAGUCAACUUCAAAAUCAGCGUGUUUGAACUUAAAUAUUGGUUUGACAAAAUUGAAUAUCCGACUCGACGACUCCAGAUGUGCAGAUAAAGGAUGAGAAGAUUUUUCAGCACAAGAACAGCUAAAUUUCUAUCCAAAGAGAUUAGAUUUAUCUUACUCAAUCAGGAGGAAAUUCAGAGAUAAUACUUUGACUAAUUGAAGCAGAAAGUCGAUUUAAACGUUGAACAAAACCAAAAAACAAAACUGAAAUCUUCUCAACAUUUUUCUACUUUUACUAAAAAUCAAUUUGAUCUUGAAUUGAUUUCUGAUAUUUUUCAAGGAUUUUUUUUGCAUCAAAUGAUAAUCAGGUACUUGGGCCUUCGGGUAUCAUCGGAAUUAUUCGGAUAUUAUCGGAAAAUUAUGUAAACAAUUCUGAAUUUUUUUCUGAUUUUGAUUUCGAAAUCCGAAAAAUCAGAAACUUUUGAAGUUUCUUUCGCCGGAAUUCGAAGAAAUUGGAGUUGGAGUAUGUAAAGUUUCAUUAGGUAAAUUAAUAGUAUAUUAUGCAACUAGGGAGCUAAUGUGAUCUUCAACGAAUUUUGAGGUUUAUUUCCCGAGCGAAGCGAGGGAAGUAACUCAAAAUAGUCAAAAUGGUUGAAGAUCACAUUAUCUCCCUUGUUCCAUAAAAUAUUUUACGUUUUUAAGGGAGAGAAUCGCUAAUUUGUCCGCCGAGCGAUUAGCGAGCGGGAGGUAAUGUAGCAGAUUAUCUCCCUAGAAACGUAAAAUUUGUUACAGCGUACAUGUAAAGACGGAUAAAUGUAUAGAUAGAGAUUUUGUAUGAAGGGAUUUUUUACCACAGCACCAAAGAAAAUUUUGUAGCCUAAUUUAUUUUUUCAAGGGUAGAAAUGGACGAUAUACCUUCAACUACCCGUGAAUUUUUAAAUUUAUGUAUGCCUAGUCAUUGUAAUUUAUAAAUGCAAUAAGUUUUUUUUUCAAUAAUUGAAUUCUUUUAUUCACUAUUGUUACAGUUUUUUUCUACACUUUUAGAGUUCUUGCUUCUUGCCCUCAAACGUUUGAUUUCGAACCACAAAAUUUAAUUUUUCUCUACAUGAAUAAAUUUGAGAGAAAAAAGUUGCACAAAAUCGCCUACAAAUCUACGAUAGGUACCACUAGAGCCCUGCGCCGACAGCGAAAUGAUCGGCGGCGGCUACAGUAUGCGCAGCACUGUGGCUGGCGGCGGAGCCGAUUCCAGCCGAAGGUCUUGGCGGCUGCCAAAAUUUUGCUCGGCGGCGGCUAAGCCGGCUACAAAGUUGAAAUUUUGGGGUAAUUUUUCGUAAAUUUUAAAAUUACCCCAAAAUAAAAAUUGGAAAGCAAAAUUAAAUUCAACUUCUCAAAUGAAAAUACCAAUUUUUUCCGAGCUGAAAAGAUUGGCUGUUUUUAAUGACGAAAAGUUUUGAUUUUUGUUUUUGAAAAAGUCAAAAUAUUCAAAAAAUCCUCCUGAAAUUUGCUGAUUGAGUGAGUUGAGCCGGCUCAGCCGAGCAGACUACUCGGCGGCGGCUGCGGCGGCUGAAGUAAUUUUUGAAACGGCGGCGGCGGCUUGAAAAAUGUUUGAAAAAUCGGUGGCGGCGGCGGCGCGGCGCGGCGGCGCAGGGCUCUAGGUACCACACUAAUGACAGCUAAGUACCGUGUGAGUGUGUUUGCCUAAUCCUAUGAAUGAGAUAAUAGCUGAUCGAUGGCUUGUUCUAGUAUUAAAAACAAACUGUACUGUGCUUAAAAAUUAAUAAUCUAAUUAUGAAAAAGCAGUUCACGAGGGAAGGGUCAGAAGUGGUAAUCGUGGAUCAGAACGAAACUUCGCCUACGUGUUGUACUUACGUGGAAAAACAACUUGCAGCUGAUAUUCGGAUUUCCUGCAAUGAGUUUAAUUUAGAAAUUGAAGGCGCAACGGUAUAUGAAUUUUGAAAGGACCAAACUUUGGUUUUUGAUUGCGAUUUUGGGUACAAUUUUUCAAGACAAACAAUAAAGGUUCGUCCUUGAAAUUGUAGAGCUAUACCUGGCAAAGUGGCAAAUGAAUUUUCAAGGAUGUCCCAAUAUUUCUAUUAAUAUUAACUAUUGUUUCGAGCUUUGAAGCUUCUAGCUCUUUCAAUUUCAAUAUGAGGCAAUUUCACUAAAAAACAUUUUUUGCUCGUCUUGAAAAAUUAUACAAGAAUUCACCUUAAAAAUUGACAAAAGUCCAACUUUUGAAGAUUUUGAAGAACUUGAUAUCAAAAAAUGUAUUUAUUCUAUUCGCAAAAUAAGGUUGCCCAGAGAUAGGUAGGUAGUCAAUUUUGUCCAAGAACCUUUUUUGUACUUACGCCUCAAAAAAUUAUUCCAGAAUCCAUGGACAUUGGACAAAAAUAGAAUUUUCGAAAAUCCAUAUUAUACUCUUGGACCAACUGUUACUACUGUUACCACUUCAAUUUUCUGAUGAGAUUCAUUGCAGGAAAACUGAAUAUCAGCUGCAAGUUGCUUCUCAACAUUUAUGUAAAUACAACACUUACGUAGGCAAAGUUUCGUUCUGUAGUACUGAUCGGCGACUAUCACUUUUGACCCUUCACUCGUCAAAUGAACAAUAUGAACAGAAUUUUCUUCACCAAUAUUAUGCUAAAAAUCGUUGAAUUAUUAUAGUUCAUCCAAAAUCUCAUUAUUUAUAGUAUAAAGUGCGAUACAUUUCUCUGCGCACAUUGUUGAAAUACCCCAAAUAGGCUAAGUACCGAAAUAAGGAGUUAAAAGUGAAAAAAAUCACUUCUAAAAAAUUCAUCGUUGAAUAUACCAUCGUCGUUAAAAUAUCAACAGAAACCACAAAAUACAAAACUUUUCACAAAUUUAUUAGCACGAAAAAAUUCAUGAUUACAAAUACGUACGAAAAUCAAGAGAAUAAAGUUCAUUAAAACGAUUCUCGGUUCGACUGUUUUCUCACACUGAUGGUUCUAGGGUACAACGUAGAAGCCACUAUGGGCGCUAUACGUAAACGUGAUUCCAAAACUAUCACAAAACUUCAGCUUCUAUUGAAAAUGAUAAUAAUAAUACAAAAGAACAAUAUUUUACAAGAAUAAAGAAAUACAUUAAAAAUCAUAUUUUCUCCACUCCAAGAAAACAAACUUUUUUAGUUACCAAAAUACAUAUAUAUAGUUAAAAUAUAAAAUCAAAAUUAAGAGAAAUGAGUCGCGAAAUACUUUUUUAAUCACAAAAUCAACUUCGGUAACUUCUCAGAUGAAAUCAAAGAAAACAAUUACUUGAGAGCAAAGAAAAAAAUUUCACGAUUAGGUACAUAUUAUAAUUUGAUGCAAAUAACAACGCAAUAGUGAGUUUUCUUAGUUAAAAAAGCCACGGAAUAAAAUGAACUGAUAAGAAAAAAAUUAGUCGAGAUAGUGUGUCAUAUGUAUUAUAGGAAAAUUCAAUUAAAAAAAAAGAAAUAAAACAUUUCACCGGCGUUGCUGAAUAAAACGGACGAAUCUCACAACUCGAACAGA